AUGAAGAUGAGGAAACAGAGAGAUGGAACCCGGCUGUACCUAAAUCUAAGUUUAACUGGGUAUUCUGUAUUGUAUCUGGCGAUCCUAAUCCCAGACCUUUCUCGAUCACAUCCCCUACUUCUGCCUGACCUUUCUGCCUUUGCUGACUUCCGUCAUUUCUUGGCUCAGGAGGUGUACGAUAUGUCGGGUGCCCGCCUGGCCCUGACACUUUGCGUCACCAAAGCCCGGGAAGGUUCCGAGGCAGACCUGGAUGCCCUGGAACGUAUGUUCCAGAAGCUGGGAUUUGAGAGCACCUUGAAGAGAGAUCCCACCGCUCAGCAAUUCCAGGAAGAGUUGGAUAAAUUCCAGCAGGCCAUGGAUGCCCGGACAGACCCCAUCAGCUGCAGCUUUGUGGUGCUCAUGGCGCAUGGGUCAGAAGGCUAUCUCAAGGGGGAGGAUGAGAAGAUGGCCAAGCUGGAUGACCUCUUUGAGGUCCUGAACAACAAGAACUGCCAGGCCCUAAAAGCCAAACCCAAAGUGUACAUCGUACAGGCCUGUCGAGGAGAACAAAGAGAUCCUGGAGAAAUAGUAGGUGGAAGUGAGAUCAGGAUGAUCAUAAAAGACAGCCCCCAAACCAUUCCAACCUACACAGAUGCCCUGCAUGUCUACUCCACUGUAGAGGGGUACAUUUCCUACAGACAUGACAAGGAAGGCUCCUGCUUCAUCCAGACUCUGGUUGAAGUGUUUACUGAGAGGAAAGGACACAUUUUGGAACUUCUGACAGAGGUGACACGGCGGAUGGCAGAAGCAGAGCUGGUUCAGGAAGGGGAAGCAAGGAAAGUGAAUCCUGAAAUCCAAAGCACCCUUCGGAAACGGCUCUAUCUGCAGUAG